CCGACUACGCUUGCCUGCUGUAACAGCAGACUGCGCUACUCGCCGAUGCUGAAAGCUUUACAAAACAGUCGAAUGUUUUAACAAAGCAACCGGUUGGCUAGAAAUAGUCACACAUGCACGACGUUUUGGUGGUUGGGACAUGCUUGUCAUGGCUGUAGCCAGAACUUCAAGUCUCGAUGUGCUGACAGUGAGGGAGUGUCCUCCGAGUCGUAGAACUGCAAUGCACAGAUCUGCCAAAGUAUCUCCCUCUCCUGAACCUGGUCCUAUUACUCUUCAGCUACCCACUGCCCGAGGUGACAAUGGCCGUUCAAAGUCUGACCGACAGUUGGAGUCUCUGGAUGGAGAGAGUAGUGUUAAGGACGACGAUGAGGAGAGCGAGGCUGAAGCGAGAGACUGCUGCACCAGGUGCCCGCUCAGGGCUAUGAGGAAGGUGGCGUGGGGAGUGGUGCUGGGGGGCUGCGUAGCUCUUUCCUGGGCUGGGGCGACCCACAGCGCCAAACAGGCCCUGGCUGGACUCCAUGCCCCCUACUUCAUCACCUGGUUCUGCAGUGUCUGGAACUUGCUCCUCUUUCCCAUAUACUACCUGGGCCAUUUACUGGGAGCUGAGCAGAGACUGUGGCCCAACUCCUGCUUCAGACAGUGCAGCAGUUUCUUAGGAGACGGCGGAGUGACGGUCAGGGUUCUGCUGAAGGGAGCGGCGCCGUUCUCUGUGCUGUGGAGCCUCUCCGGGUACCUGUACCUCCUGGCCCUCCACCGCAUCUCCACCAGUGACGCCAGCGCUGUCCUCUGCUGCAGCCAGGCUUUCAUCUUCCUCCUCUCCUGGAUCGGGCUCAAGGACCGCUUCAUGGGAGUGAGGAUUGUGGCAGCCAUCCUGUCCAUUACUGGUAUUGUCAUGAUGGCGUAUGCUGACGGUUUCCAUAGUGAUUCAAUAAUUGGUGUGGCACUUGGAGUGGGCUCUGCCUCCACAUCUGCCUUGUACAAGGUGCUGUUCAGAAAGCGAGUGGGAGAAUUCCGACCUGGCCCGGCCAGCGUGCUGCUGUCGUGCGUGGGGCUGUUUAGCUGCAUCCUGCACUCCUGGGUGUGCGUGCUGCUCUACCUCACACACGUAGAGUACUGGCCCCCAUCUCAGGCCAUGCCCUGGAACACACUCUGCAUCAUGGCCUCACUGUUGAUGGCUUUCAACGUGUUGGUGAACCUUGGGGUUGCACUAACAUACCCCUGCCUCAUCUCCCUCGGGGUCCUUUUGAGUAUUCCAGCAAGCACAGCAGUAGAUAUUUUGGUGACCUCCUCAGUAACCCAGUUAAGCCAAGUGAGAAUAGCUGCGGCAGGUAUCAUUGCAGCCGGUUAUGUAAUGUUGUUGCUUCCCGAAAACUGGGACGAAAGCACCCUGCGCUGCCUUGGAAAGCUCUGGCCUGGAAGCUGGAGAGAGGACAGUGUGGUGGUUGAAGAGCUCACGGUGGACAGUGCUGGAGCUACACGGACAAAACCCAGACCUGCUGGAGGUGCAGCACUGUCUCGAUCUGGUUUGGGUGGUUUGCAUGAAACUUAAUAGGAUUGU